AUGACCAAAAUUGUACAUGACAAAACUGAUGCGAAUGUAUUAAGAGAUAGGAAGCAAAAACAUGGCGCAGUAAAAGAUGGAGGAAGCUACUGUAAGGAUGAGGGCAAAGUGAAGGUCCCCACCAAGGGCCACGACUUUUACAAUAUUAUUUUUUUACUAUUGCUAUAUACUAUACAAGGCGUCCCAAUCGGUGUCUCAUCCGUGGUCCCCUUAAUAAUUCAAGACAAAGUGAGCUACUCCCAGUUGAGUAUCUUGUCCCUAGUCACCAUACCCUUCAGCUUAAAACUGCUGUGGGCCCCGCUUGUCGAUUCUGUGUACCAUAAAAAAAUCGGGAGGAGGAAAAGUUGGAUAAUCCCACUUCAGCUAAUUUGCAGCUUUUCGAUGAUUUUCUGCGGGAACCAUGUGAGCGUGUGGCUAGGGGAAAGGGGAAACAUGACAAAUCUGUACUUCCUGACGUCCUUCUUCUUCGUUCUGUUCUUUUUGAUGGCUACCCAGGAUAUAGCUGUCGAUGGCUGGGCGCUGACCAUUUUAUCCGAGGAGAACAGGGGACUAGCCUCCACCUGCAACAUACUCGGACAGAACAUUGGCUACUGCGUCUCACAGCUGUCCUUCCUGACGUUAAACAAUAAGAACGUCUGCUUCUACAUUUUUAGGAAGUACAUACAAUGCAUGCACUCCAUGUUUAACCAAUCCAGUCACUACAGACAUGUGCACGAAAGCAUGGACAUGAUAUACCCAUCCUUUCAACCCUUUGUCGAUAUGAAUAUCUUUUUAAAAUUCUGGGGAGUAUUCAUUCUAGCGCUGACCAUAUUAACUUGUUUUAAAAAAGAAAUGAUGGACGAUAAUGGGAAGGAGAAGAAUAAUGGCGCGGUGGAAAAUGCCCCCGGUAAAAAGGGCAACCACCAGCCCAGUCAAUCAGACAAACCCAACGAAAGCUCAAACGAAUUCGCCAACUCAAAGGAUACGUAUAAAAACUUGUACCAACUGCUGUUCCUACCACCGAUGAAAAUAUUCAUUUUUAUAUUCCUGCUGAACCGCUUCCCAUUUGCCUCUGUGGAGGUGGGCACCAACUUCAAAAUGUUGAAGAAGGGUAUCAGCAAAGAAGAGUUCGCGAUCUUCAAUCCAAUUUUCAUUCCUAUAUCAAUCAUAUCAUCAGCCAUAAUAGGAAAAAUCACCAAAAAUAUAAAACCCCUUAGUAUAUACUACUACGGUUACUUACUAAGAUAUCUUUCUAACAUUAUUUUGUCCACCUUGUUACCCCUGACGGAGUAUAUAUAUUCAAACAAGUCGGAGCUCCCGCAGGUUUACUUGUAUUCGUAUUACCUGUACAUUUUCGUGGCGCAGGUUUUUAACCACUUUUGUAUUGACCUCAUGACUGUGUCAUCGAUGAGCUUCCAGAAUAUCAUUUCAGACCCCGAAAUUGGUGGAACCUACAUGACCUUUCUAAACACCGUUAACAACAUGGGAUCGCACUGGUCAACCAUAUUUCUGUGGCUACUGGAUUAUACCGACAGAACAGUGUGUUAUGGAGGGAAGUGUCUUCUGAUUGAUGGCUACUACACGCAAAUGGUUUUUUCUUUCAUCAUCGGGAUACUCAUAAACAAGUACAUCACAAAGUGUAUCACGAAGCUCCAGGCCUUCCCCAUAGAAGACUGGAGGACGAAAAACACCAAUGGCGGAAAAAAAAUAAAAUGA